AUGGAAUCUCAAAGGGGGGAAAAACCACCGACAUCUAGAAAGGUUAAGUCUUUAGUAACUAAAAGGACAUGGACUAAAGAGGAGGAUGCUGCACUUGUUGAAUGUUUACACAUUUUGGCUGAAGACCCACAUUGGAAAGCUGAUAAUGGAACAUUUAGAUCAGGUUAUCUAUCUAAUCUUGAAAAGAUGUUAGAAAUCAAGCUUCCAACAUCACAAAUUAGGGCCCAUCCUCAUAUUGAAUCUAGAGUGAAGCUACUCAAAAGACAAUACAAUGCUUUAUCUGAAAUGUUGAAUAUUGGAAGUGGAUUCGGUUGGAAUGAAGAAGAAAAAUGUUUAACUGCACCAAAGGAUGUGUUUGAUGAUUGGGUUAGAAGUCAUCCAACUGUUGCUGGAUUGAGAAACAAGUCAUUUCCAUUCUUUGAUGACUUUGUUCAUAUAUUUGGAAAAGAAAGAGCUACAGGAAUAGCAGCAGAGACAGCAUCUGAUGCAAUGGAACAUAUUGAUGUUGAAGACAAUGCAUUUAUAGAUGCAUUACUUGAAGAAGAGGGAGUAAGAGAUUCUGAAUCAAGAGAGGAUGUUGGUGCUUCAACUUGCCAAACAUCUGAUGCUACUGCCUCUACCCCUACAAAGAAAAAAGUAGCUAGCAAGAAAAGGUCUCGAAGUGAUGAUGGGUUAACUGAGCUUGUACAGGAGAUAAGUAAGUUCGGUGCUGCAUACCGAGAAACUGCCAAAGAAAUUAAGGAUAUUAUUGCUUUAUUGAAAAAGGAGGCAGAAGGAAAUGAUCGAAGAAUGUCGAUUUUCAAUGAAAUCAUGAAAUUGAAGGACUGUCCACUGAUGAAAUGCUUACUGCAGGAGAGUAUAUUAGCAAAGAUGCGCACAAGGUAG